UAAUCUUAACCCCACAUAUCUUACUCAUCUUUAAUGGCUUCUACACAAUUUUCUUCGCCCAGAAGCCACGCUGCACAGGCAACCAUGGCGGUUUCCGGUAAGCCUGGUAGUGUGAAAGGUGGGUGUUCAUUUGGGAGGGCUGUUAAUUUCUCUAGAAAACAUCACAAGGGUGGAUUAAGAGUGAGAAAUGUUGCGACUAGAUUGCCGGAGACUCAGGUGUCGCCGGAGACUCAGGUAUCGCCUGAGAAAGGGGGUGGGAAUGAGAGGAAGCUUGCUGCAUGGACGAGCAUCCGGCAAGAGAGAUGGGAGGGAGAGCUGGCUGUUCAGGGAGAAAUACCACUAUGGCUGAAUGGGACAUACCUAAGGAACGGUCCAGGCCUGUGGCACAUAGGAGAUUACAACUUCCGCCACCUCUUCGACGGCUACGCCACACUUGUCCGCCUACACUUCCAGGACGGCCGAUUAAUAGCUGGCCACCGACAGAUCCAAUCCGAAGCAUAUAAGGCAGCGAUCAAGAAUAAAAAACUAUGUUACCGUGAAUUCUCGGAGGUCCCCAAGGCUGACAACUUCCUAUCUUAUGUGGGUGAGCUGGCUAGCUUAUUCUCUGGUGCUUCGCUGACAGAUAACGCUAACACCGGCGUUGUUAGACUCGGCGAUGGAAGAGUGGUGUGCCUGACGGAGACGAUAAAAGGGUCAAUAAUCAUUGAUCCUGACACACUCGAGACGAUGGGGAAAUUUGAGUACAGUGACACAUUGGGAGGGCUGAUACAUUCGGCACAUCCAAUCGUGACAGAAUCGGAGUUCUGGACAUUGUUGCCGGACUUGGUGAAGCCGGGGUACAUAGUGGUGAGGAUGGAGCCAGGGAGCAAUGAGAGGAAGGUGAUAGGGAGGGUGAAUUGCAGGGGUGGUCCUGCACCAGGGUGGGUUCAUUCAUUUCCAGUGACCGAACACUACGUGGUUGUCCCGGAAAUGCCAUUAAGGUACUGCGCCCAAAAUCUUCUAAGGGCCGAGCCCACGCCACUUUACAAGUUCGAGUGGCACCCUCUGUCCAAAGCCUUUAUGCACGUUAUGUGUAAAGCUAGUGGCAAAAUUGUGGCAAGUGUGGAAGUUCCAUUGUACGUGACGUUCCAUUUCAUCAAUGCAUACGAAGAAAAAGACGAGGACGGGAGGGUGACAGGCAUCGUAGCGGAUUGUUGUGAGCACAACGCCGAUACCACUAUUCUAGAUAAGCUCAGGCUUCAGAAUCUCCGGUCCUUUUCUGGGGAAGACGUGCUGCCUGACGCUAGGGUUGGGCGUUUCACAAUACCGUUGGAUGGGAGGCCAUAUGGGAAGUUAGAGGCAGCAUUGAACCCAGAUGAACAUGGGAGAGGCAUGGAUAUGUGCAGUAUCAACCCUGCCUACUUGGGCAAGACGUACAGAUAUGCCUAUGCUUGUGGGGCACAGCGCCCUUGUAACUUCCCCAACACCCUCACUAAGAUUGAUUUAGUGGAGAAGAAGGCAAAGAACUGGUUCGAUGAAGGUGCUGUGCCCUCAGAACCAUUAUUCGUGGCUCGCCCAGGGGCGACAGAGGAGGAUGAUGGUGUUGUGAUCUCGAUGGUCAGUGACAAAAAUGGGGAAGGAUAUGCACUGUUGUUGGACGGGAGAACUUUUGAAGAGAUCGCAAGGGGGAAGUUCCCGUACGGACUUCCAUAUGGGCUGCAUGGCUGCUGGGUUCCCAAGAAAUAGAAGCAUUUGUAGAGACUUCUGGGUUUCAUACAAUGGAAUUCUAUUAUGUAUCUGUUUUUGCAUAGAUGGAAUUAGAGAGUAAGGAUAUGAAGAUGGCAUUAGAAUGAGAUGAAUGUACAGCAUUCUCAGUGUCCAUAAUAAUAAUUAAGGAGGACUGUGAGAUAUAGUAAUGGUUAUAGGAGUGCGAAUGGGAUGUUGUUGAUGAUAAAAUAUGUAAAUCUGCAUUUGUUUUAUCAAGUAAAAUUUUAGUUCACUACAA